GCUGUUCUCAGAUCCGCCACCGAGCGGAGUUUUUCCUCGAGUCCACCAGCACGUGCUCUACAGAACGUCCGAUCCGUGGUCAGGCUCUGCCACGCGCGUGUGAGCGCGCGGACUGUGUUCGUGCUCUGCUGACAGUCUUAUGCAAGCCGCCCUACAGUGAGCCACGAUGUCCGAGGUUGCUGCUCCAGCAGACAAUAACGGGGAAGCUGGAUUAAACGGAGACUGUCUGUUCCCGUGCAGCGCGUCCCUGCUUGGAAUCACGUAGGGCAAGGAGCAGCCAGGUCAGAUGGUCAUGGGUGGAGCUGGAGAUGAACAGACGCUCUGCAUCCCUCACGUCCUCCACCGCCUCAGUCCCGCCCCCUCUAGCACAGGUAGUAGAAGAAGAGGAUGAUGGGAUGGUGGGAGGGUUAGAACACGUUCCUUCAUCAUCCUCCAUCCACAAUGGAGACAUGGAGAAGAUCCUCCUCGACGCACAGCACGAGUCCAGCCGCAGUAACUCCUCUUGUGACAGCCCUCCUCGACCCCACAGUCCACAGGACGAAGGGCAGAUCAUUUUUGACGUGGAUAUGAGGAGAGACAGUCAGGAAGAAGUGAUGGAGAGAAUCAGAGACGAUGACAUCUUAAUGAAGGAUUCAGAUCGGGUGGCAGAUUGGUCGAGUAGACCAGAGAAUAUACCACCAAAGGAGUUCCACUUCAGGCACCCGCGACGUUCAGUGACUCUCAGCAUGAGGAAGACAGGGGCGAUGAAGAAAGGAGGCAUCUUCUCUGCAGAGUUCCUCAAAGUGUUUAUCCCCUCCCUGCUUCUGUCCCACAUCCUGGUCCUGGGUCUCGGGGUAUACAUUGGAAAAAGACUGACCACUCCUUCUGCAAGCUCCAUUUGAACACACAUCUGAUCAAGUGCCUCAGGCAUGGCCCGGAUGGAUUAGAAAAAAGGUUGCAGUUUGUCUAAAGAAAGCCCUCCCUUCACCCUUCACAUCCUUUGACAUUUCUACUUUUUCACUUCUGCCCUCUUCUCUAUUUCCUUUUUUCGGCAUUUCCGCACUGAGAAGUCACAUUUUUGCAUUGGAGAUUAUAAACUUCUCUGUUUCAAGCCCUUUUUACUUUCAAGUUAUCAGUUGUUGUGUCUACUUUUAAUGUAAUUUUACCCCUUUAAAGCUCUUUAUUGUAGUUACAGUUGCAUUUAAGUUUUGAAGCAUUACGUGCUAGCUCAGCGCUAGCUUAAACCGGCUUGGAAUAGGCAUUGCGUCUGUUUGGCUAGUUGAUUACAUGACAAAAGUUAAACUGAAUAACCAACAAUCCUCCUAGUUCUUACCCUGAAAAUGGGAUCAGACAAAGUAUACAGAUACAAACUUUAUUUAUUAAUACAAA